AUGCACGCCCGCGACGCCGCCGGCCGCAAGGUCUCCCUCCUCAACGACGACACCAGCAGCUGGGCCGACAAGCCGACUUACUACCACCAGACGAGCUUCCCCUACUCCAGCCGGCCCUCUGUGCGCCCUCUGCCGCCUCGCAGCGACUCUUCCUCUCCAAACACUCCCGAGCUCCUGCGCUCGGAUUCCUACGACUCUCAGCUCAGCGACGCCAUUUCACCCUUGACGCCUUCAGUGGAUUUCGGCUACAUGCGAGCUGCGGCCUUUUCCUUCGGGCACGAAUACACCGCCGAGGGCCCUCCCGCUAAGCGCCCUGCCUAUGGAGACUGCAGUCCCUCAGCCUCUUGCGAAGAAGACAGCUCCGCUGCGUCUUCAGUCUCCGAGCGCCCCGUCAAGCGCUAUCCUUGCCGCUACCGCGAGAGCCAUGGAUGCGAAAAGACCUUCACCACCUCGGGCCAUGCCUCGCGCCACUCCAAAAUCCACACGGCGGAAAAGGCGGUCCAGUGCACAUUCCCCGGCUGCCACAAGAAGUUUACCAGGGCCGACAACAUGAAGCAGCACCUGGAAACCCACUACAAGGACAAGACGCGCAGCUCUGGCAGCCAGCGCUCCAGCAAGGCGUCUCUGGCUUCUGAGGCGCGACGCAGCUCGACCUCGUCUAGCCGCAGCCGCUCUUCCACCACGGGCCCCGAUUCCUUUGUCUUCUGGGACUCUAGCGAGCUUCACCAGAAGCAGAACCCCUUGCCGACGUCCCCGCUCCCGCAGCCGACCGGCAGUGCGGGCGCCUGGGAUAUGCGCGGAUUCGAACUCCCACUGCUCAACCGUCCUUCCGCAGUCGGUGGCACGCCCAGCGGUCUCGACGCUCUGGCCAUGGCUAUUGCCUGCCAAGAAGGCGGCAUGGUAUGA